UUUGACUAUGAAUAAUUUAAUUAGAUUUCAAUUCAAAUAGUUUUUAAAUAGGUGAAUUCCCAGUCAUUGCGAUCCCUACACGCAGCUGCUUCAGCAUAAGCAAUGAGUUUGUUGAACUAGAUUCUUCCGAAUCAAAACACUCAUAAUUCGGGCGAAGCUCAGGAAUUUAAUAACAUUUUGAUAAAAGUAAAAAAAAAAAAAAAAAGACAAUACGACAGCGUUACCCACCUGACCCAACAAUUCUGAACGACGUCGUUUCAUGCUCCUGGGUCUACUCAUUGUGCGCCUCCAUAGCUCGAGCUGUGCUAAAACCCCUUUUCUUUUUUUACUUUUUUUUUUUUUUUUCCUUCUAACCAACUCAUAAACCCUAAUAAACUGUAGUAAUGAGGGAGAUAGUGACUGUUCAAGUUGGAGGUUUUGCCAAUUUUAUUGGCUCUCAUUUCUGGAACUUUCAGGAUGAAUUGCUUGGUUUGGCUACGGAUCCUGAUAGUGAUCCAGUCUUCAAGCAUUGUGCUGAUUAUCUUAACAUGGACGUGCUCUACCGUAAUGGGGAAACCCAACAGGGCAUUCAUACUUAUACUCCUCGCCUUAUUUCUAUAAACGGUCAAGGGUCUCUGGGAUCUAUGAGUUCACAUGGUACGCUGUAUACGGAUGGCUCAUCAACAUCAUCAGAAGUUAUUACAUGGACAGGCAACAUUUCCACUCAUGCAUCUGGGCCUUCAAAGAAGAAUUUGUUCUUGCAAAGUUUGUCUGAAGAAGAGCAGGAGAUUUCGAAACCCACUGGUACUAACAAGCGGGAUAGUUCUAUACAAAGAGAAAUUCGAGAUGAGGAUAUAGUUGAAUGUUUAGAAAAUGAUGUCAACUUUUGGACGGAUUUCUCAAAAGUGCAUUAUCAUCCACAGAGUUUAUAUGAAUUAUGUGGAUUAUGGAUGGAUAGUCAGGAAUUUGAUAAUUAUGGGGCUGGAAGAGAUAUUUUCUCUGAGGGUUUACGAGGGGAAGAAGUAAGUGAGAGGCUGCGUUUUUUUGUAGAAGAGUGUGACCAUAUUCAGGGUUUUCAAUUCAUUGUUGAUGACUCAGGAGCUUUCUCUGCUCUGGCUGCAGAUUUUCUGGAGAAUAUUGCAGAUGAGUACACUAAUACACCUGUUUUGCUCUAUUCUGUCAAAGGUCCUGGUUCUCAUACAAAUCCAAGAAGUCAGAAGCAAUCAAUUUCCAGGAAAAUUCAUGAUGCAGUUUCUUUUUCAAGACUUUCAUCCUUCUGUAGAAUGAUUGUGCCAGCUGGUUUACCCUUCCUAAGUAGAAGUAAAGCUUCCACACAUCUCUGCAUAGAAGAUGAGAAGCCUUACCACUGCAGUGCAGUUUAUGCUGCUGCUUUACACUCUAUUAGUCUCCCCUUCCGUAUGGAAUCACUUGGACCCGCUGCAGACUCUUGUUAUUAUUCUGGUGCUAUGAACAUCUAUGAACUUGUACAGAUGUUAACCGGGCAAGAUAGACAGAAUACGGCCACCAUUCUGGAUGUCGCAAUGCCAGCACCUCCCCUAUCAUGGAAACAAGAUGAGCUAUCUUUUCUAUGGAAUUUACAUCCAUUGACACCAGAGUUAGCAGAAGUGGAAGAUUUGCAAGCAGUGGAAUCCCUGACAGUUCAUGGAGCCCUCGGAUCAGGUUGCCAGGCUUCAGUAUCUGAAGUAACAGAUACAGUUAAUGAGGCUUAUGAACAUUCAUUAGUGAGGCCAAAGUUCUGCCAUCUGUCUGUUGAUGUUUGCCCUCUUCCGAUACCCUUGCCAUUUCCUUCAAUCUUCGGGAAUCUCGUUAGCCAGCAUGGUGAGCUCUUGUGCAGUCCGAUCCCAGGUUCCUCAUCAAGGGGAUCGCUUGAUGUCCACUCUCUACCUAUGGCGGCUAGGCUUCGUUCGAGCAGCGCUAUCUUGCCAUUUCUGGAGAACCGACUGUUAAAUCUUCGUAGAUAUGGGAUUGAGCGAGGAGCACUUGGGACGGAGUUACUCAGAAGCUGGGGUUUUGCAAAGGAUGAAUUAGAAGACAUUGAAGAAAACCUAUAUAAAAUGGUAACAACACUUGAUGACCGUUAUAAGGGUUCCUCAGACUCAGAUUAAAUUAUAUAGGAGUUGUAAACUGUUUGCACAUUGUUCUUCUUGUCAAAUCUCAGAAUUUCUUUUAUACCCAUUUUAUUUUUAAGAUCGAAAUUAUGAAGUUGAUAACUGUGGAGGUUUAGUGGAUAAAAUCUGUUUUGUGGAGAAUCUUUUUAAAUUUAGAAUUAGGAGAGUGCAAGUUUCAUAAGUUGGAUUAACAAUACAAAUAGCGAAUACUACUCGGUGGUGCUUUUUGAUAAUACAAUUUGGCUACAUGUGUGAGUUUUCUCUCU